AUGGAUUAUGGCGGAGCCGUUAAUGUUGACAACGAAAAAGCAUUUGCCCUAAACGACAGUUUGAAUUAUUUCCAAGGUGCCGAUGCUCCGUUCAAAUUUUCAACUGAUGUCCCGCAUCAAUCGAGUCAUCCUUUCCUCAAUCUCGACGGCUACAGUUCUUUUCUUCAAUCUAACCCAUUACAUCGUCGAGUAGAAUACGCAGGUAAAAUGAAUCAUCAGCGGUUUGAAGCUUGGGACUCUAGUUAUAUUCCAUAUGAAGAUGUUGAGGGAAACAUCAAAAUUGAAGUGUCCUGGGAAAAAUUUGGCUGUUGUUCUGCUUGCUGCUGCUCCCACGAACUCUGUGGACUGUAUGCUUCUAUGAAAAACUGUAAAUCUGUGUUUUCCAAAAAAAUUCGAAAAGGAUAUUUAUCUAUCAAAAAAUUAGACCCGAAGCGGAAGGUGUCACCAGAAAACUUGAAUAAUUUUUUCUCCGUAUCUCCUUAUAUGGAUGCAGGGAUUCCGUUGUAUUCAACUGUUCUUGACUCAUUGAUGAUUCAUACUAAGAUAGAGUCCUGGAAAAGCUCUUUCAAUAAGAUAAAUAAAAUCACUUCAUAUAAAGGUAUGGGUGUCUAUAUUGAAGAAAAGUCUUGCGCGAAUGAUCGUCAGAAGUUGGAUUGUUUUGAACUUGCUAAAUGUAAAAAGGUUUUGUUAAAAACUGAAGAAGACGAGAAAACAAAGCUGCAAGGAGCUGAAAAUGACCCGUGUGCCGAAAUCAACAUAACUUCUAUAAUUAUCAAAGAAGGCCAAUCUUUGUACAGAGUUCGAGAAGGCGAGAAUUAUCGCAUUCAAUUGGAUUCCCUAAUAUUCAACACAGAUCAAGGUGUAAAAUGGAAAAUUUCUCUUGAUUUUGUUCCGAAUUAUCGUAGCAAGCAGGACUGUUCUGAACAGGAUCGUUCUGUUCAUCCAAACGGGAAGGAUUUAUUACUAAUUGGUUUAUCUCGUCGCGAUAUGAAUAAAAGAAUUGAAGCCAGUACGCUUGAUGGCAUGAAAGUCCGAUUCGAGCUUAAGAAUGUGAUAGAUAACACUGCCGAUGGUUGGAAAACAUUCACCGUUGUGAUUUGGGCUGCUCUGAUAAUCAUUUUUUUUAGUUUCAUAAUGAUGUUUGUUAUUGUUAUUGAAGGAACAAAAACCAAGAGAAUCAGGAGAAUUCUGCAUAAUAAAGCCGAAGAGGCUAAAUAG